AUGGAAAUCAGAAAGAAACAAACGCUAAAAUCUCCCGGAAGACUCUGGAGAAUCACGAAAAUAAGAAGAAACACGACUUUAAACAAAACACGCGUCAAAAACCGAAAAGAGAGCAAACCUAAAACUAAUCAACCCAUUAUAAGUAUAAAGAAAUGUUUAGAUAGAUUUAUUCCUUCCAAUGCCAAUUCAGAAGCAUUUCGGAUUCUUGAUAAUUCGCAGCAUGGAAGAAAACAUAAACAUAAGGAGGACGCCUUGCCAAAGAUGUUAAACUUAAACCUCAGUGGAGUCUUAAACUAUAAAACCUUAGACAAAAGAGAAAAUCGCACUUCGAAACGGCUUACUGACUUUUCUGCGAGACAACUCCCAGGAACCCCUACUACGCAAGGUCACUUAGAUCACUUUCAGGAACGACGGAUUCGUUCGCUAAUACACCCAUAUCAAGGUGCAAUUCAUGAAUCUCCUAUUCGUAUCCUGGAGGCCCCAGGCUUGCUCGAUGAUUUUUACAUUUCGCCAUUGGCCUGGUCAAACCACGGUGAACUGGCCGUCGCAUUGAGACAGCAUGUGUACCUUUGGGAUGAGUUGUACGGUACGACUAUACUGGAAAUGCGGCAUACAGAUUAUGUAGUGAGCAGCCUAGCCUAUUCCGAAGAUGGAAAUUAUCUUGCAAUUGCUCGUGUUAAUGGAUCUGUUGAAAUCUGGGAUCGACAAUAUUUAACUGAAACACAUGAAUACUGCUUUCAGCAUGAAGGUGAUAUAAGUUGCAUGGCUUGGAGCCCUACCAACUCAACUCUGUUGGUUGGUGGAAGCAUGGGCAGCAUAUAUGUAUAUCAUAAAACAAAAAGUAUGAUGUGCCGGCUUUAUACAAUCAAGCACGUGCAUCAAGAGCAAGUGUGCGGACUUGAGUGGAAUUACGAUGGGACACAGUUCGCCAGUGGGGGAAACGAUAACUUAGUUUGCGUCUUUGACAUGAACGCACUGGAUGCGCCAAAAUAUUUCUGGAGCCAUUCUGCAGCAGUUAAAGCGCUUGCCUUUUGUCCUUGGCAAAAAUCUCUUUUGGCAAUAGGGACUGGAUCAAACGAUCAGCAUAUUUAUUUCUAUGAUACCUUUCGAGGACAUUUGAUUUCCAGACUCUUUUGUGGAGCCCAAAUCACGUCCAUCAUUUGGUCUCGAAGAUACAAAGAACUUUGUUUCAGUCUUGGAUACGCGUACGAAGGAAAUAUUGCAUCGGUAAUUGUUUGCAGAUGGCCGCAGUUAACGCGGGUAUUCCAGGUACCCUUUUGCUCUGCAGAGGAGUUCCAUCAAGACCUUAGGACCAUCAUGGCCAUUCACACACACCGUAAACGUUCUAAAAAUGACUGGGAAGAAGGAGAGUUCAUUGUUGUAGCUAACACUGAUCAAACAGUGAAGUUUUAUAAGAUUUGGGGCCUAGAAUCUCAAGCCGUCCACAAUGAUCAAGUAUUAUUUCAAGAAGGUAUAUUUGGGAGUCACAUUUUAGAAAUGCUAGAAGGUGUGCCGGAAAAUAAACUGUUAAAAGGCCUUCGAUAA